AUGGGGAUCAAUGGUCUUCUCCCUUUGCUCAAAUCCAUACACAAGCCAUGUAAUUUGAAGAAGUUCGAUGGCAAAACCCUCGGGGUGGACGCUUAUGGCUGGCUCCAUCGUGGAACUGUGUCAUGUGCUAUGGAUCUUGCUAUGGGAAAGCCAACAAGAAAAUAUGUUGAGUAUUGUAUGCACCGGGUACGAAUGCUGCUCCAUUUCGGCGUCACUCCUUACUUGAUAUUCGAUGGAGAUUACUUGCCAAGUAAAGCUGCGACAGAGAAGGAUAGAGAAAAGCGUCGGAAAGAUAGUAAACGACUUGGGCAAGAACUAUUGAAUGCUGGAAAGACUUCCCAAGCGUACCUGGAAUUCCAAAAGGCGGUCGAUGUGACCCCCGAGAUGGCCCGCCAUGUUAUUGAUGAGUUGAAAGAGAUGGGGGUACAAUACAUUGUAGCUCCAUAUGAAGCCGAUGCCCAAAUGGUCUACCUGGAGCGAAAAGGCAUAAUCGAUGGAAUAUUGUCUGAGGACUCUGAUCUUCUAGUAUUCGGUGCUAAAUGUCUUCUUACCAAGUUGGACCAGUAUGGAAAUUGUAUCGAGGUCAACAAGGCCGAUUUCUGCGCUUGCAAAGAUGUUAACUUGACGGGCUGGUCUGACGCCGAGUUUCGAAGAAUGGCAAUUUUAAGUGGGUGCGAUUAUUUGCCCAGUAUGAGCAAUAUGGGGCUAAAGACAGCCUAUCGGUUGGUUCGGAAGUAUAAGACGAUUGAAAAAGUCCUGCGUAUGAUUCAAUUUGACGGAAAAUUUCACGUGCCGAAAAAUUACCUGGAAUCUUUUUAUCAAGCCGAAUUCACUUUUUUACAUCAAAGAGUUUUCUGUCCCCAAUCUCUCACCUUAGUGCUUCAUACUCAACCUGAUCUUCCACUUACGGAAGAUCAAACCCAAUUUAUUGGGCACGACGUAUUGCCAGAAAUUGCCCAAGGAGUUGCGAGAGGCGAUUUGAAUCCUAUCACCAAGCAACCUAUUGUCACUGGGCGCAGAAGCAAGAUGGCAAAUCCUUUCAUGGCUUCGAAGAGAUCUGUAUCCACAAGCGAUCUCAAGAAGGGUGUUUCAAUCGAGACAUAUUUCAAAGCCAAGCGGACUCCUCUUGCGGAACUAGAUAUCAAUUCCUUUACACAUUCUCGUAGUCAACAGGAGGUUCUUUCUCGCAACCCUGGCUCAUGGGUUGCUGAACCAGUCCGCCCUCAUCUGCAACGAGCUACCACCGAUCUCGAGCCUCAAUUACCUCCUCACCCUACUUCUCAAAGGUCCGUUUCGACUGGAAGAAGAGUGUCUUCGCCCACAGAGUCUCGCCCACAAAAGCGUGCCCGUCUAUGUGAAGAUGAUUCCUUUCUCCAAACACCGGGAACUGGCCAAAAAGUGGAACUUGGUCGAAGCCGUUUCUUUGCAGAUGGAUUUGAGGAUGAUAGUCCAAGUGUUAACAAGGUCUCCAAGAAAAAGAAUAAACAGAAGGAAGAUAUUACCAUCUUCUCGGAUGAUUCCAUUGAGGAAGCGAUGAUGAGCAUUCCAGAUGUCGAUGACUACUUGACGAAUAGGCAGCCAAAAAUCAAAAUUUUCAGAGAGGCUUCAUUCAAAUCUACCCUUGGCUCACAGCAAAGCACAAGUACGUUAACCGAGCACAAUCGAACUGAAGACUCCCAGGAUACGGUCCCUAGCCUCGAAUCUGUGACCUCCAGUAGGAAUUCAUCUGAGCAACCUCCAUCUCCGAUUCCCGAAUCGUCUACCCCGUUUUCAAGUCUGAAAAGCAGGUAUUCUUUUGAUGCUUCGACUCUGAGAACUCCGAAGACCAUUUUCAACCAAGGUCUUCCAACUCCACCUUCCUCUUCGGCUCAGUUCCAAUCGAAGAUUCCCGUUGCAACAAAGUUAACCACUGCAGCUGCAAAGAAACCCCUUGCCACCGCUACUAGAUCUGUUCUCACGCCUCUUCAGCGAUUAGGUGCUGUCGCACACAACCGCUUCAACUUACCACCAACCCCACCAAUGACUCCUAUGCUUGCUGCUGGUCCCAUUGCCCUUCUUCGUGGGACAACCGGUCUCUCUUUCCCCGAAAACAACAAAAAUAGCAGAACAAAAUUGGCAGACAUUAAACCGGCAUCCAUUCCAUUGCCUCCAGUUGAUGCGAUUGAGGAGGCUGCUUUGAAUUCAAAGGGAAGUGAGGAUAUGAUCAUACCAGACAGCGAGGGAGAGGAUGAGCCAUUAUCACCUAUCGAAGAGGGGCAAAGUAAGAGUUUCGGCCUCCAUUUGGGACGAUUUGUAUAUGCUGGUUAA